UGCGCAUGCGCGCGAUGGCUGGGCGCGCGCGGUGUUGUUGGGUAAGUUGACCGCGGCCUGGGCGGGUCUUUGCUGCUGUGCUGAGGGCUGCAGACCUCCAGGUUCCCGGACUCAGGAGAAGGAAGUGUUGGUGUUUCCUCAUCAAAUCGGAGAUGCCUCUCUUUGGGAGUAUAUUCAGCCCGAAGAAGACGCCUCCUCGGAAGUCUGCUUCUCUCUCCAACCUGCAUUCUUUGGAUCGUUCAACACGGGAGGUAGAGCUGGGCCUUGACUAUGGAACUCCGACUAUGAACCUGGCAGGGCAAAGCCUGAAAUUUGAGAACGGCCAGUGGAUAGCAGACACAGCGAUUAGUGGGGGUGUGGACCGGAGGGAGACUCAGCGCCUGCGCAAGCGGAACCAGCAGUUGGAAGAAGAAAACAAUCUCUUGCGGCUGAAAGUGGACAUUCUGCUGGACAUGCUUUCAGAGACCACUGCCGAGUCCUACUUAAAGGACAGGGAAUUGGAUGAACUGAAGACUGUCAGUCGCAGGAGGAAGUGAAGAUCCCUGAGACAUUCACUAGGAGGACAGAAAGAGUCCCAUUGACCAGGGGAGGAGGAUGCGGUGUAGCCCUAUGUUUUUUAAUCAAAUAAAUAGACUUGCCGUAGGAGAGAGCAUCAACAGGUACUGACACUCCUGGACUGGCUAUAAGGAGGUAAUGUGGGAUGGAAGAAACCAAAGUGCCAGGCCAGGACCAUAGCUAGGGAGGCACCUCAGACACAUCACCCAGGAUGCUUAUCUGAAGCAGACCCCAGGGAUGUCUAGGGAUGGUGAGCCUUGGAUUGUUCUAUACAAGUCUCAGCAUACGACUGUCCAUAUUCCAGAGUCAUCCUGUUAGACAGCUGGCAGUUGGAUGACUUCUUACCCCCUUAACAUUGGUGUUUAGGGGGUGGUGCCAGUUCCAAAGAGCCCUGUAUUUGAGGGUGUGAUGAGCAGCUCUCUAGGCUGUCUGUGCAGUCACCACACUCUCCCUUCCUUUAAAGAAUCUUCAUCCUCCAAGUCCACAGCCUCUUCUGGCUUCAGCUUCCUAGCAGCAUGGGCCAGCCUUCCACAGCACACUGUAGUUUCUUCUCACUUCUUGUUUAUACUAUUUUAUAAAUUAAAUGAUAUUAAAUCA